AUGUCGGAUCUUUCACAAGAAGAUCAAGAAUACUACGAAGUGUUAGAUUUAAUGUUCAAUAUUAUCAAAGAAGAUCAAAAUUUAGAUCUUGAAAAUCCAACCGAACUUCAAAAACUUCAAGCAAUAGAAAAAGCUCUUGAUAACAAUAAAGAUAUUAUUAGACAAAGCAAUAUUGAAUUAACUGAAUUAAGAUUAAUCAACAUAAAAAGUAGAUUAAUGAAAGAAACCAAUUGUAAUUCCACUGAAAAACUACUAGUAUACCAAGAAGGUAUGAAAAAAAAAUGGGAAGAAGCUAAAGCUGAAAACGAAGUUCUUAAAAACGAAUUAACAACUUUGGAAAAUCAAUUAAAAGAUUUAAAAAAAGAUUUACUCAAUCAUGGUGCAAUUUGA